UUGAGUGUUAUGAGAGGUUCGCCCUUGUUUAUUCUAUUUUAAAUGCACAUUUCAGUCGGGCGUCCUGCGCCACAAGCUUUUGGAUUUAUCAAACUUGAUGCCAAAGCAAGCUGUGCAGCAUCUGGUGUUUUUACAGGGAGAACUGUUCCUCACCAGUUGGUGCUGGACUCAUGUGGAUGUUUGUGGAACUGCAAGUUCCAGAGAUCCAAGAGACAAGGAAGGGUCCUUUGCUCAGUCUCUGCCUGGGGAACAUGACAUCUCCGUCCACAGACACAUGCGGGCUCAUGGAGCGCUCGGUCCGGGAGCGGGUCCCGCCUCUGCUCACCGACCUGUACCAGUUUACUAUGGCCUAUGCGUACUGGCGGGCUGGCCGGCACCAGGAGCCCGCCGUGUUCGAGAUGUUCUUCAGGGACAACCCGUUCGGCGGCGGAUUCUCGCUGUUCGCUGGGCUGAAUGACUGCCUGCUGUUCCUGCGGAGCUUUCGCCUCACAGAUCAAGAUGUACAGUUCCUGAGCUCCGUCCUGCCUCCCAACACUGAUCCUGCCUUUUUCGACUUUCUGCGAGGCCUCGACUGUUCAGCCGUGACGAUACGCUCCCUCCCGGAGGGUUCGGUGGUGUUCGCCAGGGUGCCUCUAAUGGAGGUGGAGGGUCCACUGGCUGUGGUUCAGCUGCUGGAGACCAGUUUACUGUGUCUGGUCAAUUACGCGAGUCUGGUUUGCAGUAACGCAGCUCGUUUCCGCCUGGCGGCUGGACACCAAAGGAGGCUGCUGGAGAUGGGCCUCCGACGGGCACAAGGACCAGACGGAGGGCUAACCGCCUCACGAUACACACACAUCGGAGGAUUUGAUCUCACCAGUAACGUUCAGGCUGGUUUCCUGUUUGGGAUUCCUGUGGCGGGGACAAUAGGACACUCUUAUGUCACUUCCUUCAACUCCUUGGACGAGGUCUGCCCACAGACACUCGUGACAGCGAACGGAGACCCCGAUCCAGUCGACGUCAUCUCUCUGACUAAAGGCUGGUUGAGGAGAGUCUGUGAGCUGCUGGGAGCAGAGCCUGGGAAAAUCCGUGAGGGCGAGCUGUCAGCUUUCCUCUCCUAUGCCAUCGCCUACCCUCAGAACUUCCUGCCUGUGAUUGACAGCUACAGCGUGGGAUGUAGUGGACUGUUGAACUUCUGUGCAGUGGCCUUGGCGUUGUGUGAACUGGGUUACAAGCCUGUGGGGGUCCGUCUGGACAGCGGAGACCUCUGCAGGCAGUCCAUUGAAGUCCGUCGGGUGUUUCGACUCUGCAGCGAGCAGUUUUCCGUGUCAACAUUUAACUCUCUGAUCAUCGUAGGGACUAACAACAUCUCAGAGGAAAGCAUGGCUGAACUCAACAAGAAGGAGAAUGAGAUAGACGUGAUUGGCGUCGGAACACAUCUGGUCACCUGCACCAAACAGCCGUCUCUGGGCUGCGUCUAUAAGCUGGUGGAGGUGAGAGGAAGACCAAGGAUGAAGAUCAGCGAGGACCCAAAGAAAAGCACUGUUGCAGGGAGGAAAGCCAUCUAUCGACUGUUAGAUGCUGAUGGUCAUUCCUUCCUAGACUUGUUGUGUCUGACGGUCGAGCCUCCUCCUGAGGCUGGGUGUACAUUGACCUGUUAUCCUCUAGUGGGGGAUAACUCAUCUGUUUCAGUCACGCCGGCUCAGGUGACCUGUCUGCGAAAGGAAGUCUUCCUAAAAGGGCAGGUCAGAGAGCCUCUGUGCAGUGCUGCAGAAACUAGAGCAAAGGUCCAGAGCUCCCUGCAAACCCUGCACCCUCGACAUAAGAGGCUGCAGGAGCCUGACUCUUACACAGUGGCGCUCUCAGAAAAACUCCACAACUUGGUUACAGAGCUCCAAAAAGGUAGCAAUAGCAACAGCAACUUUCUGUUAGCCAACUAAGGAUGUUUUUUGUUUGUUUGUUUCCAAAGUGCCUCGCAGUCCAAUGUGCACCAGCUGAAGUUGACUUUGGUCUCUUGCACUAAUUAUCUCAAGCUCGACUGAACAGAGUAGAGGGGGGUCAGGGUUUGUGGGAAUAAACAAAUCAUUUUGUUAUUCAACAUAUGUUUUUGCUAGCUUUUACAAUGUUUUAUAAAAAUCUGGUAAAUACAAAGUGGGCGGUGUAACUUGGGUUACGCUCAUAUUGCAGGUGUCAACAUUCUCAUUUUUUUAGUGGCAGCGUUGUUUGGAUUAUUAAUGCGGACCAUGUGACUUUCACUGCAGUAUAAAACGUUUGUGGUCCUGAAUUGAUAUGCAUGCGCACAAGACAUGCUACCUGCAACACGCAGUGUGUAUCUGCUCUGGAGCAGUUCUGCAAUCUGAGCUGAUACAAUACAUGACUUUCUGCUGUAAUGUUUCUAAAUAUUUUGAUAGGAACAUGUAAAAUAAAUGGAGCAUCUAUCACA